AUGGACAAAGGCAAAAGCACCGCCGUUACUAGCUCUGAAGCCAUGUGGGUGUCGGCCAAGGAGCUCUUCGGCAUCGAGUCAGACAGCGACGAGGAGUGGCGCCCGGCGACGUCGUCGAAGGCCCACGCCCCCGCGCGCGGAGUGUACGAGGGCGCCAGCGCCUCGGCCGCCGGCGCCGUCGGCGCGUCGUCAAGCAACGCGCCCGCCGAGACGCAGCAGGUCGCGCCCUUCGAAGACGGGCAGUACGUGCGCCUCCGCAACCGCGGCCGCGGCGGGUACCUCUUCGCCAACGAGGACGGGCGGGGCGUCUCCAUCGACCACCGCCGCCACAUGGUCAACACGGCGUGGGUCGUGCAGGUCCUCACCGCGCGCGUCCUCCUCCGCGGCGCCUACGGCCGGUACCUCUCCGCCACGGGCAGCGCAGCGCGAUCCGGGCACAUCGGCGGCUACGUCGCGCAGUGCAACCUCGAGUUUCUGGACGACCACCGCAUCGAAUGGUCGGUCACCAGGGGGAAGCGCGGCAGCGUCGUGCUCCUCCGCGCCACGGACGGCGGCCCGUGUGCGCUCCGGGCGAACGGGCGGUACCUGCGGUGGAACAAGGGCGUCACCUACGGGUGCGCAUCAGCUCCAUGCUGGAGGGGGAGGUCCAGGUCAUCCCCCUGA